UGUUGGCUCUGGAGCUGUCGAGCACGAGCGUGGCUAGCUAGUAAUUCAGCAGCAGGAGCCUAGCUAGUCAUUCAGCUUGCCCUCCGAGGUAGCAUCAGAUCUCUCGGCAAUGGCGCGCACGUCCGGCGUCGGCGCGCUGCUCGUCGUCGUCGUGCUCGCUGCCGCGUCGGCUGUCUUCUUCGCGCCGGCGGUGACGGCGCAGACCAGCAGCUGCGACGACGCGCUGCCGGCCGAGCUCGCCGGCAACUACUCCGGGAUGGCCUGCCGCCCGGUCUGGAACAACUUCGUGCUCCGGUACGCGCAGGACGGGGACAACGUGCUGCGGGUGGUGCUGUCGGCGAUGUACAGCUCGGGGUGGGUGGGGAUGGGGUUCUCCAAGGACGGAAUGAUGGUGGGCUCGAGCGCCAUGGUGGGGUGGGUCGGCAAGACGGGGCUCUCCCACGUCAAGCAGUUCGCACUCAACGGCAAGAGCCCCUCCAUGGUGGUCGCCGACAGGGGAUUCCUCGUCUCCAACGGCCGCGACCACACCGUCCUCGUCAAGCAGGCCAAGAUCUACCUCGCCUUCCAGCUCAGGUUCCCCUCGCCGCUCAAGCAGCAGCAGGUGCUCUUCGCCUUCGGCUCCUCCAUCCCCGUCAACGACCGCCUCGCCGAGCACCAGGACAAGACGUCCGUCAACUUUGAUUUCACCACGGGCAGCUCUUCAGGCUCCUCCUUCCCAAGUAGCCUGAAGAAGGCUCAUGGGGCACUCAACCUGUUCGCGUGGGGUGUCCUACUGCCUAUCGGGGCCAUUGUAGCUCGGUACUGCAGGGGAUGGGACCCUCUGUGGUUCUACCUUCAUGCCGGUAUCCAGUUCGUGGGCUUCAUCCUCGGUCUGGCAGGCGUUGUGGCUGGAGUAUCACUAUACGGCAAGAUCCAAGCAGACCAUCCAGCACACAGGGGCCUUGGCAUAUUUGUUCUUGUGCUAGGUAUCCUCCAGAUUCUAGCAUUCUUCCUAAGGCCCAACAAGGACUCGAAGUAUCGGAAAUACUGGAACUGGUACCAUCACUGGGCUGGCAGGCUUGUACUCUUCUUUGCAGCUAUCAACAUUGUCGUGGGAAUCAAAGUUGGAGGUGCCGGUAACUCUUGGAAGAUCGGCUAUGGUUUCAACCUGGCCAUCCUUCUGAUCACCAUUAUCACCCUGGAAGUCCUGGCGUGGACAAGGUGGAAAAACAACAGCACUCCGACGACGACAUACUAAUCAAGUACGAUCAGUUAGGUUCUAGUUUUGGGAGCUGCUGAGCCUGCUGUUCCUUCAAGUUCUUCUCUGUUAUGCUGUUGUUGUAAACAUGUAAUGUUUGUAAAUGAUCUUUUAGCAAGAGAUCUGCAAGACUAGCCUAUGAUGACGAGUUUUGGAUGCAAAAAAACAUACCAUCGCACAGUUGUAUCAGUGUAUGUGUAAUGUGUUGAGAUGUGCCACUCCAGUGGUUUCCUGCGAUGAUGAAGGUGGUACUACCAUUUGGAGUAUAUAGCACAGUUUAUUUGCCCU